GUAUAAGCGCAGAGAUUCCCUUUGCUGACCUUUCGGAGCGGCGAGUUGCUGUUCUGUCAUUUCCGGCUUGCCAAAAAAGCCUCUUUUCCGCGCCUUCCCCGCUUGGGUUUUUUUUGGACGGCUGGCUGGUUUUCUCUUCCAAGCUGUUUCUUUGACUCAGAAAGAACAGGUCGGGCUGUCCGAGAGGUUUUGCCGGCCUUUUCGUCUGCGCGAGGGCUUUUUCUUUCCUCGGUUGGCAACUUAACCCGGCCACACGCGUUCUUUUAAACCGGGAGCAGCGCAAAUGCUCUAGAAAGCGUUUCCCCAAAUGCGGGUUCGCUGCACCUCUCUCCCUUCCCAACGAGGCUUUGGGGGAGAAAAUGUGCCCCAUUUGAAGAAAAACUGCGUUAAUUCCUCAGCUCUUGAAGAGUUGUAAAAAACGAAGGCGUCUGUGCACAUGAUAGCAAAGGAUUUAUGAUCUCUGCCAUCGAAAUGAAGUCUUUAAAGUAGAUAAAUUUCAUACCAGAUUUAUGGACAAAAAUACAAGAUACUCUUCUACAUCAGCAAGCCUGCAAUGUAAUAUGUAUUGAAAAGCUUGCAAAGCAAUGCAGAGAUCUGGGAAAAAACCUUCCAAAACUCUCCAUCAGGAAGACAAGGAAGUUAAUGGAAUGACUGAAAGUGCCUCUCGUUCUCUUUCACUUCCUUCUCCCCUUCUCUGCUUGAGUGGUGAGAGAAACACACAAGUGGAAAUGCUGGAAAAAGCCCAGGAGCUCUUCCGGCUCUGUGAUAAGGAGGAGAAGGGUUUCAUAACAAGAUUUGACAUGCAGCGGUUACAAAGUGAGCUACCAUUCACCACUGAACAGCUGGAGGCUGUUUUUGACAGUCUGGUGCAAGACAAUAAUGGUUACCUCACCCCAGUAGAAUUCAGUGUAGGCCUAGGAAAGUUCAUAGGAAACGAACUACACCAGAACUCUGAAAAUGCCAGUCACGAGGAGACCUUUGAGUCUAGCUGGUCAGAGGAAUUGGACCAGACAGAUGAAGGGGAGAAACAGUUUUGCUCUGUGCUGGAGCAGUUUGAAGCAUCCCAGGUCUUUGAAGAUCAGGGUGAAGUUCAAGAGCUUUGGGUUCGAAUCCGAAAAGAGGCACCAGAACUCCUAGCCAGUUUUGAAGAGUUUCUUUUCCAUAUUUCCUCAUACAUCAAGGAACUGCACCAUGAGAAAGAAUCCAUGGAACUGGUAUUAAAACGAAGAGAGACUGACCAUGACCGAGAAAUCGGGUGUCUCUAUGAGGAAAUGGAGCAACAAAUUAAAGCUGAAAGGGAGAGGCUGGUCCAGCAGGCAUCAACAAGGCUUGAGAAAAACAACAUGUUUCAGAAAGAGUUGCAGAACAAAGAGCAAGAAUUUGAGAAAAUUCUUUACCGGCAGAAAAAGUUGGAACAUCAGUUACACUGCCAGCACUCUGAGCAGCUAGAAAUGCGUAUACAAAAUGAGAGAUUACAAAUUCUGAGUGAAAAUCUCCUGGAUCAGCUGGAAAGGACCAAAUGGGAGCUGGAAGUAGCCCAAAGUCGGUUGCAAGAAUUGCAGAAAGAAGCCCAAGUAGAGCAGGAACAGAAAAACAGAGAUAUAUUUCAAGCUUCUAAGAAUAUGCAGAAAGAAAAACAAAGCCUUUUGCGUCAGUUGGAGCUCCUCAGAGAGAUGAACAAAAAUCUGCGAGAUGAGAGAGACACAGUUGAAGCUAAGAAGAUGGUCAGUCUGAAAAAGAACAUUUUAAUCCCCAGCCACCACUCCUUUGCCUGCUGUUGUUGCUGCCAUCACUUGGGGACAUUUCAUUUACCUGCUGGGGGAUACUAACAGAAACACAGAGUUUAAUUAUUCUUUUUUGGUAAGGAUGUUUCUUUUCUAAGUCUAAAUGAAGCGAGGACUGCAUUUUUGCAAACCCGUGUCAUUGCAACAACAACAAAAAAAAUCAGCAUAGCUUGCCUAUUUCUGAUUGUACAGGAAAGACUCUUUAAGCAGAUGUUCUUUGGACCGGAAAGCAUGGAGAAAUGUUUGCACUUUUUGAGCUCUUUGCACUAAAGGUAAAAUACACAUUAACUGAAUCUAUAGAAAAUUGAAUUUUCCUCAUGCAGUUUAAAGAAAAAGUCUUCUCUUUUCCUCUAUUGUCACUGUUUCUAAUAACUUGGGAACUUUUACCUGCAAGCCCCAUGUCUUACUUUACAACAGUUAGCACUUUGUACCAGCUCUUUUGCCAUAUUUAUUCAUGAUUUUUUUCACAGUUUUCACAGUUGUGUAGCUUUAUUAAAGCCUGAAGGAUUUGUGCAUGACCCUUUCUGUUCCUUACCUAGGUCUGCUGCUCCCGUAAUGGACUACCCCCCCUUUUAUUUUCUAUAACGGCAUGUAUGUACAUAGGCACACAGACAUGCACAUACACUUGUAUACCUUUGUCUCAGAGGAAUGAGACAUACAUAUAUUCAUCUCAUGAAGUAUAUUCCCCAGUAGAUUCCACAGUACAGAUAUAGCCCAAAUAUGAGGUAUAAAUGGAGCAUGAGCCAAAGAAGACUCAUGGGCUUCCAAUGAAAAGUAUUCUUGCUGUUUCAUAAAUGAAGACAUGAAAGAACAAUGAAGAAGAGAAAAAAGGUGAUUAACAUCUGUGGUCAGUUUUGUUGGGCAAUGAUAAACAGUACUUUGAGGUGUGUGUUUUUUUUAAAAAAAUACAACCUUGGAGAUAUAUUGAAGCUGCUAAGUAAAAUUUUGUACAGAGCAAGAGAGGGAUCACAGUGUAAUGGCUUGCUUUACAAAUCUAGAUUAAUGUGUGUUAUUUGACUGAAUAUUUCACUAUUUAUCUCUGUGAUUAAUUGGUGUGUGGAAGUAUCUCCAGGUGAAUAAUUGAUGAGGAUACAUAUUACCAUUCCAUUGUAAAUAGUGAAAGGUGUCUUUUUUGUUUCGGUAAUAUUUUCAUGUAAUUAUAAUUACCCAGGGAAAUAACUAUUGCACAUUAUUCCCCAAAUCCUGUGAUGUGUUAAACUGGAGCAUGUACAGAUACAAAGAUUAAUAAAAUCGUGUAAAUAGAAGUUUCAGUAAAUAUGAAUAUAAAAUGAACGAUGUGAAGUCUUAUUUUGCACACUCUGCAUCUUUACAUACUGAUCAAGUUGUAAAAGGUUCUGCUGGAAAAAUCCAGAGAGGAUGACCAUCAAUGUUAAGUCUUGGAGGUAUUGUACUUGGCAGCCAUAGUGUUUCUCAUCUCUUCCUCCUAAAUCCUCCAAAGUGAAUCCAGAGGCUGUAUUUUUCUUUUUUUGUUGUUGUUUAUUCCUACUGUGUGAGUCCAAGUCACAUAAAAUAAAGAUCUAUUUGUCAAGAAAA